GUAUUGUGAGACGGACGGGACCUUCGUCAAAUGCGCAGCGUUUUCUGUCGUCUAUGCUAGUAGCUGCUGGAAUUCAAUGGUUUCUCGUAUCGUCUGCGUCCCGGAUGUGCUUAGGGGUUCGGGUUGCCUUGUCUGGAAGAUAAAGCGACGCCAGGCCGUAAAUCCGAGCACACUGAUUUGUACGAUCGAGAGAGCAGAUGCUGCUGUUCUGUCAAUAUAUGCGCCUGCUCAUGGUUGGGCUACUGCCCUGCUUGAUGAUGGCACUUCGGUUACUGCCAAUUGUGGACUUUUUAGGUUUGAAGCUUGCGCCCAUCAUGUUGUUAUGAAAGAUCUCUGCGCGGAGUGUGGGGCUAAUCUGCGGAGAGACGGAGGUACAUCCGGUGAGCGCAUUGAACAAGCUAGCGCGAACAUACGAAUGGUUCAUUCUAUUCCGGAACUCCAAGUUAGCGAAAGUGUGAGCAUCCCCUUCGGUGUCAUCCUGCUCUUAUACCAUUCACACAUGCAGUCUGGAAUGUGCUCGCCGUCGACCAUUGCCGAAUUAUUUUUGCAAAGAAAGUUCAGGCAAACCGCAUUUUAGCUGUCCCGUAUCUUGCGAGCCUAACGUUUCCAUAUAUUGUGUCUAAGCUAUCCACAGUGGGCACUGGCUACCUGUUCGGUCGAGUUGAAAACCAUGUAGACAAGACAGCGAACUCUGUUGAAUAUUCUGUCAUUAGUUCAUUGCUAAGCUUGAAUGACAUUCGAUGUUAGAGCCAGUUCAACUCGAAGAUCUGCCACUUACCCUGUGCUAGGCAAGUGAAAAAGUUAACCACCCUGAUAAUACGAGUGGCCGGUUUCAUUCCGAUGUUCGUCCGGUUUCCUUUCGGAAACAAACUACCAAUUUCGAAUGGAAGUCGAACAUUCCGGAAAAACAUUAGCAACACUUCCAUUUAUUCUCAAUCAAUUACCGCAUUUCUCGAUCAGUUGAGGAGCAUUCGCCACUAAGAAAACCUAUAGCCUCUGACAGUACCUAAAAUGUGUCAUGGAAGUAUUAAACAUUUAUUGUGUGGUGGUUGUUGCUCGAGUACGGUGGCCGCCGAACUGGCACUCAGAGAUGAACGCGCUCUUUUGGCAUCUCGCAAGCUUGUUCUACUCGUGGAUUUAGAUGAGACCGUCUUACACACCACCAAUGACCCUCAAGCUUUCAACCAUCAGAACGUCACUCGUUAUCGACUUCCUGGAUCGCCCUUGGUGUACCAUACAAGUUUUCGCCCGCACCUACAUGCUGUCCUGGAUCGUCUUGCAAAAUACUACGAAAUGCAUAUCUGCACUUUCGGCAAUCGCGUGUAUGCUCACCAGUUGGCCGGGAUGAUCGACCCAGAUCGUCGAUACUUUUCACAUCGUAUUUUGUCUAGAGAUGAGUGUUUUAACCCGGUCACUAAGUCAGCAAACUUGAAAGCAUUGUUUCCACGUGGUCUUAAUUUGGUUUGUAUCAUCGAUGAUCGUGGGGAGGUUUGGGAUUGGUCUCCACAUUUAAUCCAAGUGAAGCCUUAUCGUUACUUUCAUGAUGCUCUCGAUGUACACACUUUUCCAUGGCCUACCUCUCCUCCCAUCACAACCACAACCACCGAGGGUUUUUCACCAGAAGAUUGCACAUCCAGUGUGUGUACUACCCCUUUAUCGGACGGAGUUACUACCGAAUCUGUUCGACCAGUUAACGCUAGCAUUCUGCCGACUGGAGAAGAACAUAGUGCUGAAUCAGCGCUUCAUCCUCUAGUUACUGUAACUUUCUCUGAACCUGUUCAAGAGGGAGGCGAUAAGCAUUCUUUUGAAAAGGCGGAAACUCAACUUGCAAUGUCCAGUGCGAGUUUUGAGAUUGACAACCAAGCGGACAGUAACGUAGCAGCAGUGAGUUUGGAGAAAAGUGACGAGGAACAAUCUGCUUUGUCAGCGGAUUUCCUUCCACCUUCCUGCUCACCUGAAGAUCGUACGCCAAAGAUUUCGGGGACACCGGAUGAUGACUAUUUGCUGCGUUUGCAAGAGAUUCUGAUCACAUUGCACCGGCGCUACUAUCAGGAAUAUGAUCAGUGGCGCGCUAGGCAUCCUUUCGAGAGUGACAAGUUUUCUCCGGCUGAUCCCCGCAGUGAUCAAUUGUCAGCUUCUCCGUCAAUAUCUUCAUCUCAUUCAUCCCCUGCCACUUCUAAUUGUCCUUCGUCUGAGCGGUCACAUCGCUCGGCGUUGCCCAAUGUGGCUGAUGUCAUUGCUGACCUUCGGGCUGCUGUUCUUGGACCUAGUUGUCAUGUCACUCUGUCCGGUUUAGCCCCUGUCAAGUAUCAUGACCGUUCUGUCGCUGGCCGCAUGGUUCGUGGGCUCGGGGCCGUGCUUCACAAUGCUCUUCGUCUACCCCCGGCGUCGACCACCGUUGUGUCUAUGGAGAAAGUUGCUGUUGAAUCCACACCUCACCCGCCUGAGGAUGCGACUGGUUCCAAAGAAGUAUAUUCUAAUAAGCAGUGGCCGCUCGAACUUCCUCCACUGAAUAUUUAUACCACUCACCUGGUUGCUUGUCGCCGUGGUACACAGAAACACAUCGCGGCUGUUGAUUUUGUUCGAACGGCGAAACUGGAUCCACCUUCUUUGCACAUUGUUUCUCCUCAGUGGCUUUGGGAUUGCCAUUUCUAUUGGAAACAUCUACCUGAAUCUGAUUACCCUUUAGUCCACGAUUUUCAUCCGAGUGAAUUCGACCCAGAGAUUGACCCUGUACCUGGAACUCUCCGCUAUGCCAGGCGUCAGCGGCGCUACUAUGCUGAACGUAGUUUCCAACCGCAGCUCACGCACUCUUCUUCACUUGGUGAUGCCGCCCAUGCUCAUUUUCCGCGUCAAGUUCAAUCACAUUCGGAAAGGCGUCAUCACCGCGUCCGUCGUCACAAAUCGGAUCAUCAGUCACCAAAGUGGAAGUCCGCUUACAACCCGGAACAGAGCACCCCGCGAUUGGACAUUGGUAUUGUUCAGUCCGCCAUAGAGUCUAUACGUGCUGAACGCGCUUUUGCGCACCGUCACAACCGGCAUCGAUUGAGCAGACUUUCCCAUGAUGCUCAGUGUGACGAAUCGUCUCAGAAACAAAAAAGAACCGUCAGUUAUGAGGAGCUUCCUGCACCACCCACAACUGCUUCGACUUCAUCAGCUAAUGAAUCUGGGGGCACCUUGCUGACAUCUGUGAGACCUUUAACAUCCAUGGAUGUUGGAACACAGGGUUCACCGGCGGUCCGUUCCAAUACAUCACCUGAGGCGUCACAUGAUCUUACUUAUCCCCAAUCGAACAUGGCUUCAUUAUCAGAAGUUCUCGUUGAAGUACGCGACACAGGAGAUCACGAUACCGAUUCCUCAACUGUGAAUCAAACCGCUGAUGACAGUGAGGAAAGUGCAACUGAAUGUUCUGUGGAAAAUGAGCUCGGUGUGGAUCCAUUUCUACAGAGUUUCUUGCCUCCCCCGAAGACCCUGAUACUGGCAGACAACCCGUUGAUGCACCUACCGCCACAAGCAGCUAGUCAAAUGCUCGCAGAAGUGGAAGACGCCGUAAUGGAAGAGGACACGGAACUGGUGUCUUCAGUUCCUGCGGAAGCCGAGUUGUAUGAUCCCGCCACUCUUGGUUUGGAGGAUACAGACUCUUCUCCGUCUUUAGACGAUGAGUUUGAGAACUCCACUAUAUAUGGAUCCAAUGAGGUCGGUGACAAUGGAAUCCAACGGUCACAGGGACAACGGACUGUUUUCACACAUCGACUUGGAAAGUAUACCAAUCCAAUGGCAACGCAAACGACCUCUUUGCCGUCGACGUUCGACUCGCGAUAAAACGCAUCACAUUGAUCGUAAAAUUCGCCACUUGGACUCCUCAAAGUUAGAACAUCGGCACAGCCAAUCUGCCGAUGGUGAUCACGGGAACCGAGCCCCUAUUAACCUCUCUGUGCUCCAUGACAGCGAAUCCGAGCUAGAUGCAGACGGUCCGGAGGAUUGGCGCUCUGAACUGCAGGUUUGCUCACGGAUGCGGCAUCGAUACCUGUCACGUUCUCCCUUCCGGUCUGUGUCUCCAGCUAUCCAUUCUGAUCCUGAACCCAUAUUGGAUUGGUGGCAAUCUGAGGAGACGGAAACCUGUGAUUUUCGGGGGUUGUCUACCUGUUCCGAGCGAUGUUAUUAUACGAACGCGGAGAGAACUCGAGCUUCACGACUGGCUGAUAGCUUUUGCAAGGAGUCACGGACAUAUUCCAAACUUCUCGGUAACACUCAUAGCAGUCGAAGUGACCGUUUGUUCGACACGGAUAGCGAAGACGAACUCACUGACCACGAGGUAGAACAAGAUGAUGAUGACGACCAAGAUGGGUUGUCAGUUGAUGGGGAAUCCGAUAGCGACGAUAAAGUCGAUGAUUUAACGAGUGGAUGCUGGUCACCGCUUCGCGAAUUCAUGUGAUAUUCAUCGCACUCCAGUUUUUCCCUAUUGUAUAUAUGUUUAACCAUGAAUUCCUUCACUUUCCCCGACAAAGAUUUAUAAAAAAUUACGUUUGUACU